UCCAUUCACUGGUUGUUGUCAGGCCAGAGAGACACAGGAGUCCAGCAGCUCAAAUCUCUGCAAGAUCUUCAGCUGAAAAGCAUGCAUCUCCAUUCUACAUCGCUCUCUUUCCUCCUCCUUCUGGUUGCCAAGGCAGUCGUGGUGUGCGUUGCUGUGACAACCACGCUCCACGGUUUCCGAGGCUGCGCGGUGCGAGAGUUCUCCUUUGUGGCCCAGAAACCUGGCUGCAAGGGGCUACGCAUCACCACGGAGGCCUGCUGGGGUCGCUGCCACACCUGGGAGAAACCAGUACCAGAUCCCCCCCACAUCCAGCGACACCACCGUGUGUGCACGUACAGCCGUACCCGCCACAUGACCGCCCGGUUGCCGGGCUGCCAGCCCAAUGUCUCGUCUCUCUACCACUAUCCCAUGGCCCUGCACUGCCACUGUGCCAUCUGCUCCACACAGGACACAGAGUGUGAGAGCUUCUGAGGGACAGUGUUAGCAAGUGUUUCACUGACUGGUAGGAGACUUUCUGAGGGGAAGGAUACUGGACAUGGAGUAACCUAAAAACAAGCCCUCCUGUAAACUGAAGACCAUUUGUGUAUGCAUGUAUACGCAUGUAUGUACGAAAGGAGAAACAA